AUGACGAAGGAUGUGUCGCGUGAUGAAACCGAGAGCCGGGCAGUUGCUGAGCUUGUCACCACAUUGUGGCAAGAAAGAAAUGCUUCCACUCAAUACCUUUUUCGAUUAUACAGAGAGCUUCCUGCUCCAGGUAUCACAUUACUCUCGAAGCGGACCCGCGGUGCCCUGUUGCGUCGGUUUGCGAAUCCGCGAGACCGGCGAUGGGUAGAUGCUCGUCGCUACUUGGCCUUGGUGGAGGACAUGGUACUCGCCGGGCUUCCUGUAUCCCUCUCACUCUGGUCUUCUGCCAUCCACCUAGCUGGCCGAGCGAAUGGCACGGUUUUGAAGAAAGACCUUAUCCGAGCUAUUGGCCUGUGGCAGCAGAUGGAACAUGUUGCUGGUGUGCAAGCUGACGAAGUGGUCUUCAACAUCCUAUUCGACAUCGCCAUCAAAGCUGGUCAAUUUUCAGUUGCGAAUCGGCUAGAGCAGGAGAUGGUCAAGCGGGGCAUGGGCUUCUCGCGCUGCGGAAAGGUCUCCAAGAUUUACUAUUAUGGCAUGAUCCGGGAUGCAGAAGGCAUUCGAAGAACAUUUGAUGACUUCGUGCAAUCCGGGGAGAUCGUCGACACGGUUGUCAUGAACUGCCUGAUCGCUUCUUUCCUGCAGGCUGGCGAGCGGCAAACAGCAGAACAGCUGUACGCACGCAUGCUAGAAAAGCAGCAAAGUGAACGCAACGCCAAUCGCAAUUCCGAAGACGGAGCAUUGGUUCGAUCUGGCGCUGCGGACUUGACCUACAACAUGCCAGAAUAUCGACAAAAAACAAAAAAGUUAGGCCGUGUGUUAAAGAAGUCCUUGGCCCUCAAACGGCAGUAUCCUGAAUAUCACCGUGCUCUUCAGGACUCUCUCUCUCUGUCACCCGACACGCGGACUUUCUACAUCUUCCUACGACACUACGCCUACACAUCUGGUCAGCUGGACUGUUUCAUGGCUGUUGUAGGUGACAUGGAAAAGACCUUCAAGGUCCCCCCACGCGGCAUCAUCUAUCUCUUCCUCUUUGAAGGAUUUGCCAUCCAUGGUCGGAAGAAAAAGCAAUGGACCCCGGAAAAUCUCCGGUUGACCUGGCACGCAUACAUUCGGGCUUUACACGACUCGAAUGCAAGACUUCGUGGACUAUACCUGAAUAGUCGCAAGAAUGCAUGGGAGAACCCACUUGCUCAGACUGUGGAAAUCGACAUGGAAGAAGAGCUGCCAGUGAGCGAUUCUCCCGAUGGACUAUAUAUGUCUUUGCCAUCAGCAGACGGAGAGCCCAGCGUUGCGGAGCAGCCACAGGAAGGCGAGAAAAAGGCCGAGCCCUCUACCACACAAGACCCUGAUCCCGAGGCUCUCGAGUCAGGCCAAUCGGAGUCUAUCCCAGAUGAACAUGAUGACUUUAUGUCUCAAGAUGAACUCGACGAAGUGUUCAGGCCACGCUCCCAUUCUGAGUCUGAUCCUAGACAGCACAUCGAUCGUCGCGUUGAAAAUGGUGUUUUCAUCGGGCGUCGCAUGAUCACCAUUAUCCUACGAGCAUUUGGAACAUGCUGUGGCCCCAAAGAGGUCCUGGAUGUUUGGCUGCAACUCGAGCGGCUCUGGCAUCCUCAGCAUCGCAGAGCGAUUGACGUCCUUGCCAUAAAGGAAGAACUUGAUAAACAGAUGUCAAGGAAUCCGCACCGGAAGGACUGA